CCUCUCCAGCUUUUUUAUCCACUCUUCUGCUCCAGGUAGCGCUACGUCAAUGUCUAAUUCCGGCAAAAUGGAGGAAGAGAAGAGUAGAAGACCUAAAGAAACGAAAUUUAAGCAGCAGAAGUUACCAGCAUGGCAGCCCAUCCUAACAGCAGGGACAGUACUGCCAGCAUUCUUUGCCAUUGGGAUUGCAUUCAUUCCGCUUGGUAUUGCACUCCUCAUCACCUCAAAUUCUGUUAAGGAGUUCACCUAUGACUAUACACAAUGUACAACUACCAAUGGAGAUACUUGUGCAUCCCAGCUAGCAGCCAUAGGAACAAACAACUCGGGCUUUAUAUGUACCUGUGCUGUAACCUUUGUUUUGCCAGAGAAUUUUGAGAAAGAUGUGUAUUUGUAUUACGGUUUGUCCAACUACUACCAGAAUCACAGGCGAUAUGUACGGUCUCGUGACGACAACCAGAUACAUGGGGACUCUGUCUCUGCUAGCUCACUGCUGUCUGACUGUGAACCUUACCUUACUAAGCCAUUCAACUCUACCCUCACCCUACCUAUAGCACCUUGUGGAGCCAUUGCCAACAGCCUGUUCAAUGAUACAUUUACCUUGACAUAUAAUGGUGGGUCGAGUUCUGAGUCUGUGACCCUUCUCAACACUGGAAUUGCCUGGCUGUCGGACAAGAAGGACAAGUUCAAUAACCCCGCCAGCUGGAGUGGUUUUACCAACCCACCAAGCUGGCCUAACAAGUAUGCCUGGACACUGGACACCAACAACAGUGAUAACAACGGCUACGUUAAUGAGGACCUCAUCGUCUGGAUGAGGACAGCUGCUCUGCCCACAUUCCGUAAACUCCAUCGCAGGAUCAGUCAUCAAGGCACCUUCUUAGAAUCUCUGCCUCAGGGAAAUUAUACGAUCAACAUUGACUAUGCCUACCCUGUCACUUCUUUUGAUGGGACAAAGCAUUUCAUCAUCUCGACCACGUCCUGGUUAGGAGGGAAGAACCCGUUCCUAGGUAUUGCGUACAUUGUGGUGGGAAGUAUCUGUAUCCUGUUGGGAGUAAUCUUCCUCAUCAUUCACAUCAAAUACGGCAAGAAGGCUUGGGAUAAAAUGAAGAGCACACUUGACUCAACUGAGGAUGAUGAGAACGAGUAAGAGUCUCCGAGACCAUCAAUGUGACCAGCAGAACUGCAUACUGAAGUAGAAUACUUAGGUGGAGGAGAGUUCUACAAAUAAGGGAAGUAAUCAGCUAGGAAAAACUCGAGUGAAGGAAAUGGAGGCCAUUAUGGCAAUAUCAACAAUGUGCAAUUUCUAGAGAACCGUUCUGGUGAACUUAACCAAAAACACUUAUUAGGUCAUCUGAUCUGAAGGAUUUGUAGAUUAUAGACUAAAGAUUUAUAAUCCCAAACCCUGAUGUUUUUCAGGGCCUUUGGUCCUUUGAUGUUGUUUUAGGUAUGAUUUCCCUUUUUAUUGUGCUAGUGAGAAUGAUCUGGUGAGAAUGUUAAUGAUGAGGUCAUAAUUUACAAUUGUUUUAUAUUGUAUAUAAAGAAUGUAAGAAAACUAGAAGCACACUCUUUUUUAGGUCACAUGAUAUGAAGUCUCAAGUGACCCAUUCAUAUAUACUUAUCUAAUUUUUCUGCUUGAAUAAAUUUAACAUAAUAAUGCUGAAAAAAUCACCCUGGAUAUAUCUCCAAAUUGACUUUUUUUUUUUUUUAAAUAUUCUCUUGUUUACACUUUCACAUAUAAGUAUAGGAGCAGUCUCAAUAUCUCAAACACCUCUGUAUCUUUCAUUCUGAAAUGAGCAGGCACUGUACCAUUUAUAUUUGUCUGUUGAAGAUUUUAGCAGAUCAGUAUUUUUCCAUGUUUCAUAAUAAGCACUAGUCAUAUUUGUAUAAAGCACAUUUUAGUGUUUAUUACAAAGUGGUCACCUCUAAAUUCAUGCCUGUUUAGCUAUAGCAACUUUAGGUCAGUGCUUUGGCUUCUGGGAUAUCAUUGAUGACGGAUUAGUUUGUAUCAAUUUUUAUUCCACCGAUAACGUGUGUCAAUAUGUCAAUUACAAUUAAUAAUGGAAACAAAAAUAAAUUACUGUACAGAACUUUUUAUUCAUUAAUUCAACCUUAAGAGUUUUUUCCCUGAAAACUUAUUAUUUUCAUUAUUUUUACACCUGAAUAUCCAAGAUCCUAUGACUUUUCAAGUGAAUUUAUAGUAGAAUUAAAAGUGUGAAUCUUUUGUUGUAUACUCAAGUACAAGGGAAAAACUAGAUCUAAUCAUGAUUAGUAUUCUUCAGACAUUACACGUAGUUUGAGUUCCAAUCUCAAAUGAAUGAGACUAUAAUUUAUUGUAUGUAUUGAGUAUUGAGUGAUUAUUUUCUAUGUUAAUUAGUAUAUACAAUAUCAGUAUGAAUGUUUUAUGUACCUAGAGUACAAUGUAUCGGGUUAUAUUUAUUGCAUGAAUGUGUAUGAGAGAAAAAUAGAAUUUUGAAAUCCUGUUUGUGUAAACCUCUAUGUCUGGUCUUCUCUAGUUAUCAUAAUACAGUUUUAUUAUGAGAGGUUCUAUUUAUUAACGAAUGUCUCUUAAAAAAUAAUGUACAUUAGUACACCCCAUCAUCUCCUAAUAAAGGACAUUACACAUCGGACACAGACAUCCUGGCCAAUCUGUAAACUAGUGAUGAAAUUCCAUUAACUGUUCAUUUUAUGCGAGAUCUACACAGGUUUUAUCUUCAGAUAUUCUUCAACAAGUAUUUCAUUUUGUGUUUGUCUCCAAGUCUGCUGAUAUGUCUGUGAUGAUUCUAUUCACUCUUGCUUGGCGUCCGUAGUUUGUACUUUUCAUUGUCAUCGCUACAGUCAUGAACAUUUGAGCAGAUUUUAAUCAAAUUUGGUCUGAAGCAUCCAGUACAUUCGUGUUCCCUGAUGUUGAAAAAUGGUAAACAGAGUCAACUGACUAAAUUUUUUUUGUGGGUUUUUUUUUUACUGCUAAAUGUUUUCACAUGCCAUUAUAAGCAAUGUUGAUUUUUAAGUCCAAAUGUCAAACAUUGAUCUCAGCAAUAUCGGUAGACGGCUUCCUAAUGAUUGUAGAGAAUAUAUGCUAUUAAUAGAUAAUAUUAUACAGCAUUUAUAUAGAACACUAUCUAACUUGGAUAAUUACUCUUAAUUUUCUACACAUUACCUGACAUAAUAAUAUUUUAGGUUCUACACAAAAAGCAGAUCAUAUACAAUAUAUAUCACCUCCAACAAAUGGGUAAAUAAUUGUACAGGACAUCUGUAUCGGGUUCUAAAAGCAGAUGUAAACAGGUGAGUUUUGAUCCCCUUAAGUUUGUUUUCGACUUCCUGGUAGCAUAUAGUAAGCAGUUCCACAAAGUAGCCACUACCUUUUCAAAGCACCAGGUACACAGCAUAAAUACCAAAUGUACGGUCAAUGUAGGAAUGUAUUCUUUAGAAUUACAGUGUGUUUACCAGUGAGAUAACUAGUAUACACUAAUAAGCAGGCUUUUCAUUUAUUUUUUUUGUCUUUGAAUUUCAUAUUAUGUGUCUGUUUAGUGUAGAGUACCGAUACAAUGCAUAAAUACAUUAAACUAUUGGAUGAUAAUCCAACCCAAUAAGCCAGUUCAUUACAUGGCUGAUUUAGAAACAUAUAUGUGGCUUGAAAAUGCUGGAUGCAUUUUUGGUUUUAAGCGUUAUUUAUAUCAGUAGUUCAAAUUGACUUGUAUCUACGACAACUUGUGAGAAAGAAUUUUUGAGCAGAUUUUUUACAUUCCUUUCAUAUGUAAGUCAGAGUUUAUUGUUAAUGUAAAUUAGAAUUCGAAAAAUUAUUUCUGUUAUCAUAGAUGUUUGUUCUUUUUAUUAAUAAAUUGAGACACAAUG